AGGAAAACCUCAUCUCCACACAAAAAAAUUCCUGAAUUAACCUUCAAUAGAUCUAUUUGAAUACUUGCAAACAUCAAAAAACUACAAAACUCUGUUGGACAAAAAAUGUAUGUAACGAGGCCACUUUCACACUACUACAACUCCCCGGCCGCCAUGGCCGAGCCACCACCAGAGGGGCCCGGCUCCGGCAUCCUGGUGAUCGAGGACGCAGCGGCGGAGGAGCAGGCCACAUGCUGUUGGGGUAUGUUGCGGACAACGAGGUUGUUUACUACGCCGUUCCCGCAGAACAAGAUGAUCAAAGUUAGAUAUAGUACAGGGGCUGGAGAAAGUCGGAGAACUUACCGUGAUAAUGUCUACUUUAUUCCGGCUGUUGGUCAGCCUCUGUCCUCGAAUCGGUAUUACGUCGUCAGAUCUCGCGGGAGACGUAAAGGGAACACAUGCACAUGCUCAAAUGAGGAAGAAGUCAGAACAUUUUGCUUCUGCACACUGGUGAACGACGUUGAGCCAACUCCAUUCGACCACAGAAAUAUUUAUCAACAAGUUGAGAUUUUGCCUUACGAAGAUACUUUUCGUCUUGUCUCCAGGAAAGGCUGCUUUCGUGCAGUAUCUAUAGCUUCCGACGGGAUUCCUCCCAAAUUUCUGAGGAGAAAAGGUUGGGAGGCCUACACUUCAAAGCCAUCACAUUACACUUUAGGAGAAGCUCUAGGCAUCAAUACUACUCUCCGCAUCCAAAUGCCCGAUCUCAACUUUCCUAUAUCGACAAAAUACUCUCCUUCUUUGGUUGUUGGCAAAUGGUAUUGCCCUUAUGUUUUUGUGAAGGAACGCGAGGGACUGGAAGAUCAAAUGAAGAGGUCCAUGUUCUACGAAAUGACACUCGAACAAUUCUGGGAAGAGAUUUAUAGUACUGAAAAUUAUAACGGCUAUAAAGAAAAUGUGGUGGAAGUUGGAGUUAGUGUGAAAAGGGAGACAGCAUUAUGGAAUGGUAGGGAAAUUGUAAAUGAUGAUGUUGAGAAUGUUAAUGGGGUGGUUUGGUUUAAACCCGUCGGGUCUAUGAGUAACGAGUUUGGAUUGAGCUUACCGAUAUGGGAGAGGAUGAGAUGGGAGGAAGCAAGAGGAGGUUGGAAUGGUGGUGAGAAGGUGGAGAGGGUUGAGAAGUUGGAGCUUUAUGAAGGGGAAAGGGGUUGGAAGAAAUUUGGUUGUUAUGUGUUAGUAGAGAGGUUUGUUCUUAAAAGAAUGGAUGGGAGUCUGGCUUUAACUUAUGAUUUCAAGCACACAAGCAAAAUCAGGGUCAAAUGGGAGUAACAUGUUACAUGAUUGAUUCAUUCAGAAAAUGUUUAAUGCGAGGAGUAUGAUUGUGUUCAUGUAAUUAUUGUAAACAUCUUGUUUAUUUA